AUGGCGACAGCUCCUGCAGCUGCCUUUGAGGCCCUCAUGGAUGGAGUGACAAGCUGGGAGGUACCCAAAGGCCCUGUUCCCAGUGAACUCCUUCUCACUGGAGAGGCCGCCUUCCCAGUGAUGGUGAACGACAAAGGCCAGGUCCUCAUCGCGGCCUCCUUCUAUGGCCGAGGCCGCCUGGUGGUGGUGUCCCACGAGGGCUAUCUGCUGGGUGCCGGCCUGGCCCCGUUUCUUCUCAAUGCGGUGCGCUGGCUCUCUCCCUCUGCUGGGGCGCCUGUUGGUGUGCACCCGUCCCUGGCGCCCCUGGCAGACAUCCUGGAGGGCUCCGGGGUGGAGGCACAGGUUCACCCAGAACCAGCAGAACCCCUGGAGGUUUACUGCAUCAGUGCCUACAAUGACACCAUGGCUGCCGAGCUGAUCCAGUUUGUGAAACGUGGCGGGGGCUUGCUCAUCGGGGGCCAGGCCUGGUACUGGGCCAGUCAGCACGGUAGUGACAAGGUGCUGUCCAGGUUCCCAGGGAACCAGGUGACCAGUGUGGCCGGAGUGUACUUCACUGACACCUAUGGGGACAAAGGCUGCUUCAAGGUCUCCAAGAAGGUGCCCAAGAUCCCUCUCCAAGUCAGGUGUGGGGAGGACCUCAGACAGGAUCAGCAGCAGCUCCUGGAAGGGAUCUCGGAGCUCAACAUCGGGACCAAGGGACUCCCCUCGCAGCUGCUGGUGCACGGGGCCCUGGCCUUCCCCCUGGGCUUAGAUGCCUCUCUGCGCUGCUUCCUGGCAGCUGCCCGCUAUGGCCAGGGCCGGGUGGUCCUGGCUGCCCAUGAGGGCAUACUCUCUGCUCCCAGUAUGGGAACCUUUUUACUCAAUGCUGUGCGCUGGCUGGCCAAAGGCCAGACGGGCAAAGUUGGGGUGAAUACCAGUCUAGAAAAACUGCACGCCCUGCUGUCGGAGCACGGACUGGAGUGCAGUCUUGAGCCCCACCUGACGAGUGACGUGUGCGUCUACUGCUGUACCGCUUACAGCAACAGGGAGGCUAAGCAGCUGCAGGAGUUUGUGGCCGAGGGUGGGGGCUUGCUGAUCGGGGGCCACGCCUGGUGGUGGGCCUCCCAGAACCCCAGCCGCUCCGUGUUGGCUGAUUUCCCCGGUAACGUCAUACUGAACAGCUUUGGCCUCAGCAUCCUAGCUUGGACCAUGGACCCGGGCUGUUUCCCAGUCCCUUCCGCCGACAGCCUGAACUACCACUUCCGCAAGGCACUGUCUGAAUUCCAGGCUACCUUGAACCUCAAGUGUGGCAACUUGGAGAAGAACUGGCUGGCGAAACUGAGAGUGGAUGGACCUGCCUUCCUCCAGAUUCCCGCAGAGGGGGUCCCUGCCUAUGCCUCCCUGCACCGGCUCCUGAGGAAGCGGCUGCGUCUUUCGGGGUUCCCAGCUGUGAGCCGGGAGAACCCGGUGGCCGGCGACUCCUGUGAGGCGGUGGUGCUCUGCCUGGCCACGGAGCUGGGGCACUCUGGCACUGACUGCUCCGAGCUGGCACAGGCGCUUGGAGCCUGGUCCUGCGGCUCCAACCUGUGCCCAUCGGAACACACAGUGGAGAUCGAUGCACGCAACCCAGGUGCCGGUGAUGCCUGGGUGAGUACAGGGCUCUACCUCCCAAAUGGACAGCUUACAGAAGUCUCCUUGUGUGAAGCUGCAGCUUGCGCCGGCCUCAAGUUACAGAUUGGCUGCCACACCGACAACUUGAUGAGUGCCAGCAAGCUGUUUCGAGCCCCUGUGGUGACUCACCAGUGCUAUAUGGACAGGACCAAGCAGUCGGUCUCCAACCUCUGGGGCGGUCUUCUCUAUGUCAUCGUGCCCACGGGCUGUAACCUGGGGCCCGUGUCCAUCACCAUCAAGAGGGCUGUGCGUGCCCCGUAUUUCAAGCUGGGUGAGACAUCCCUGGAGGCGUGGAGGAGCUGUGUUCAGGAGAGCCCGGCUCCCUGGGGAGAGCUGGCGACGGACAACAUCAUCUUGACGGUGCUGACUGCGGACCUCCGGGCCCUGGAGGACCCGGAGCCCUUGCUCCGCCUCUGGGACGAGAUGAUGGAGGCUAUAGCCAGGCUGGCAGCCCAGCCCUUCCCUUUCCGCCGUCCAGAGAGGAUUGUUGCUGAUGUGCAGAUCUCAGCCGGCUGGAUGCACUCGGGCUACCCCAUCAUGUGCCACCUGGAGUCCGUGCCGGAGCUCAUCAAUGAGAUGGCCAUGAGAAGCCGAGGGCUCUGGGGACCCGUGCACGAGCUGGGCCACAACCAGCAGCGGAAGGAGUGGGAGCUCCCCCCCCACACCACCGAGGCCACCUGCAACCUGUGGUCGGUCUAUGUGCACGAGACGGUCCUGGGCAUCCCCAGGGCUCAGGCCCACCCAGAGCUGAGCCCUCCAAAACGGGAGAAUAGGAUCAAAACACACCUGGAAAACAGAGCCCCUCUGUGCAGCUGGGAAGUAUGGACAGCUCUGGAAACAUAUCUGCAGCUCCAGGAGGCCUUUGGGUGGGAGCCGUUCACCCAGCUCUUUGCUGAGUACCAGACCCUCUCUGACAUCCCCAGUGACAACCCUGGCAAGAUGAACCUGUGGGUGAGGAAGUUCUCUGAGAAGGUGCAGAAGAAUCUGGCUCCAUUCUUCGAGGCCUGGGGCUGGCCUGUUGAGAAGGAGGUGGCUUCCAGCCUGGCCUGUCUGCCUGAGUGGGAAGGAAACCCCAUGAGGGCGUACAUCUAG